CUAAAAUAAAUUUGAUUCCAUAAGAAAAUAAUAACAUCAAAUCCACUAAUUACAAUUGGUUAUCCAUCAUGUGAUUCAUUCAUUCAUGUACAGUUUCGGGUAGUUAGUGAAAUAGUUAUAUAAACAUAUACGCAUGCGCAAACAACUCUGUGCUCAAGGUCAAAAGCUUGAUUAGCACAAACUAUUGAUUACCUUUCAUAACAAUCUAAUUUCUGUAAAUAUAUAUUUAUAAUAUUCAUAUUGUACAUAUAUACAUAUAAGUGUGACAGUGUGAAAGUUAUUUUGUAAAUUAAGUACAUAAACGGAAGUAAAGAAUACAACUACAAAACUUUUUUUUACUAAAAAAUAAAGCAAAAGGACUCGAACUUAAAACAACAACAACAUCAACAUCUAAUUACAAAUAUUAUAGAAUUUGUAAUGAAUUUUAAAUCUUUCAAAGUUAGUAGAUUAUAAUAAUAAAUUCACCAUAUAAAAUGCGUAUGGAACAAAGAAAACAUUCAAGUUUAUUAUCUGAAUUGGAAAAUAUUUUAUCAACAAAUGAUAAGAAAAUUAGAGUUGGUAAAGAAAUAUUUAGACAACUUUUAAUAAAAAAUCCUCAUUAUAUGAAAAUGUACAAACCACUUCAAUCAGUCACUUUGCCUCAAGCAUUGAAUUUAGAUUAUCUUACUAAAAUGGCUAUAUGUUAUGUGGAUAAUAUCAUGAAAAUUGUGAGAAAUUUUAAUGAAGAAGAGAAAUUACAAGAAACGGUAAAAUAUUUAGCUGCAAUACACACAAAUCGUGGAUUAACAGUAGCUCAUUUUGUGUCCAUUCUACCUAUAUUCACUGAUACAAUUGUAUCAUAUAUGGAGAUUGAUGAUAAUAAAGAGAGUAUGCAAUUUAUAUUGUCAACUGUAUUUCCAAUGAUUGGGAAACGCCUUUAAUUCCGAUUAACAUUUUCUAUUGAAAAAAAAAGUGUAAUAAUAAUCAUAAAUAAAUAAUGAUAAUUAUCCACAUAUUCACUUUUCUUUCUUUUAUUCAAUUAAAAAUGUUGUUUAUAGAUUAGAUUAUCAACGUCUAACUACAGUUUCAAUUAAAUUUCGGUUGAAUAGCAUCACUUUCAGAGGAGAUAUAUUAAUUUCAAUGAAAGUGACACAUUCUAGAAUUGGAGAGAUUAAACUAUUUCUAAUGCCGCCUUAUUUAUUUUAAACUCUUUAUCUACUUUAUGUAAUGUAAACCCCGAAUAUAUAUAAUCUUGAAUGCUUUGGUUGACUGUGCUGUGCCAAGGUUCACUUUAUGUGUUCAGUUCUUGAAAGAAAAAUAAAUCGCUCAUCGAUAUUGCAUGAAUUACAAAAAAAAUCUGUCGAAAAUACAUGUCAGCUAUUAUUUUAGAAAUAAUCACUCCAUUUAACAUUAUAUUUAGCCUGGUAACACUUAUUAUACAUGGAAAUUGAAUAAUAAGUUCUCUAAAAAUAAUUUCUUAUUAUUAUUAGCGGAAAUAUUGAGAGAACGAAAUAUGAGUGUUCACAUUCCUUUAUCGUAGAAACUUACACUAUUAUCCUAUGUUUAAUUUUUUCCUGUUACUUGGCAUUUGUCAGCAAGGUGUACCUGUGAUCUUGAGGGAACUGAUGCUCCCUGACAGAUUCGAUCCCGUGUCAUCCAGCUUCACAGUUAGAGACGUUACCACUUGGUUAUCCAGGCCGCGAUUUACCUUCCGUCGGAUUGGGAUGUAUUUACAAUUGAUCGAUAUCGAGUCACCUAGAUUGGUGGCUCAUCGCAACUGGCUCAAUAGGAUUCGAUCUGCACUCAGAAGGACCUGACAUAUAUGAAAGUGAUCACCGCCUAGUGAUUUAUCAAUUAAUCAUUUGUUUUCGCCUAUACGAUAAUCAGGAAAACAAAAUGAACCUGAUACGACCAGUGUAAUUUCAAAUAAAUUGAAAAUUAAUGUGAUAAAAAUUUAGACAUUGUUAUUCACUGGGUGAAAUCAGUGUAUUUUGGACAAGUUUUUCGUCACAGUAUAUGAAUGGUCUAGGAAAAGUAUAAGUGCUCAUUACUCUUGUAAAUGUCAAGUGUGAAAAUCUCAUUUACAUAAAAUUUAAGCUACUGUACAACAAUCAUUUCACGUUUUUAGAACAGUUUGUUUUCAGCUAUCGUCAGACAAACGUAUGUUUGGUAACUAGGCUUAGU